AUGGACGACAGGCGGACCGCCAUCGGACUCCGGCUCCCCAUUGUCGUCUCGGGCAGAGGACUCUCAGGUACCCAGGCAGGGGAGUACGGUGUGUCCACAGUGAGUAAGGUGUCUGUGAAGACAGGAAACUCCAUCACCAUCCCAUGUCGCUAUAAUCUGAGAUACAUAGAAUAUGUCAAAUACUGGUGUCAAGGAGAUUACUGGAAUUCUUGUUCUGCUCUAGUACGCACAGACCAACCAAAGAUAUCUGGGACGGUGUCAAUCUCUGAUGAUGUCACCCGAAGAAUCUUCUCUGUUACCAUGACUGAUCUGCAGCCAGAGGACUCUGGGUAUUACUGGUGUGCUGUGGAGACUACAGGAAGAGAUCAACAUACAUACUUGCACCUGUCAGUUACCACAGGUACUCCAGGACUCUAUGUGGACCAACAGGAGGUGACUGGAGUUGAAGGAGGGAGUGUCACUGUCUGUUGUCACCAUAGUAACACUGUGGCUAAGAAGUGGUUGUGGUGUAAGAUGGGUAUUUACUAUGUCCCCUUGGUGGGAAGAUAUUCAGGUCUUUUAGAUGGAACAUCAGUGACAUCACAGCAGACCAUUGAUAACAACAACAGACACAUUUUAACAGUGACUCUGAAUGGAUUGAAUAUGGGGGAUACUGGCUGGUACUGGUGUUCCACAGGUGACCUACAGAUGCCUGUUCACAUCACUGUCAAUCAACUGACCACAACGCAGACAGUGAGGUAUGUGUCUGUGCAGACAGGAGGCUCCAUCACCAUCCCAUGUCACUAUGAUCUGAAUCACAUCAACCAUGUGAAAUACUGGUGUAAAGGAUUAGGUUGGGAAAUGUGUUCUUAUGUGGUACGCACUGACCAUCCUAAGAGCAGUAGUAAUGCCUCAAUCUCUGAUGACAUCAACAAGAGAAUCUUCACUAUGACCAUGACUAACCUGAAGUCACGGGACUCUGAGAAUUACAGGUGUAUUGUGGAGAUCAAUGGAGGACCAGAUAUCAGGAUACAAUGGUUCUACCUAUCUGUCACUCCAGUUUUUCAGAGGUGA